GCGCUGGCCGCCCGCGGAGGGGAGGCUGCAGAGCGAGGGCAGGAGGUGGGUGCGGCGCGGCGGGGGACGCGGGGCUCAGAGACAGUCGGACUAUUUUCCAGAAUCGCGGCCUCCUGCCAUGUCUGACCCCAUCACACUGAACGUCGGGGGGAAGCUCUACACAACCUCACUGGCAACCUUGACCAGCUUCCCCGACUCCAUGCUGGGCGCCAUGUUCAGUGGGAAGAUGCCCACCAAGAGGGACAGCCAGGGCAACUGCUUCAUCGACCGCGAUGGCAAAGUUUUCCGCUACAUCCUCAACUUCCUGCGCACCUCCCACUUGGACUUGCCGGAGGACUUCCAGGAGAUGGGCCUGCUCCGAAGGGAGGCUGACUUCUACCAGGUACAGCCCCUCAUUGAGGCCCUGCAGGAGAAGGAGGUGGAGCUCUCCAAGGCCGAGAAGAACGCCAUGCUCAACAUCACCCUGAACCAGCGGGUGCAGACGGUCCACUUCACCGUGCGCGAGGCCCCUCAGAUCUACAGCCUCUCCUCGUCCAGCAUGGAGGUCUUCAACGCCAACAUCUUCAGUACCUCUUGCCUCUUCCUCAAGCUCCUGGGCUCCAAGCUCUUCUACUGCUCCAAUGGCAAUCUCUCCUCCAUCACCAGCCACUUGCAGGACCCCAACCACCUGACUCUGGACUGGGUGGCCAAUGUGGAGGGCCUCCCAGAGGAGGAGUAUACCAAGCAGAACCUCAAGAGGCUCUGGGUGGUGCCAGCCAACAAGCAGAUCAACAGCUUCCAGGUCUUUGUGGAAGAAGUGCUGAAAAUCGCCCUGAGUGACGGCUUCUGCAUCGAUUCUUCUCACCCACAUGCCGUGGAUUUUAUGAACAAUAAGAUUAUUCGAUUAAUACGGUACAGAUAAAAGGACCCCAGCAGCACUGGAGGGGGGCUCCCAAGAAGCUCCAUGUCAGCCAAGAUCUUGGAGAGUGUCUCGCCAGUGGUGGGAGCCAGGGCGCUACACUAACCUGUAUUAAUCACGUAGCAGGACUUGAUUCCCCCCACAAUGCAGUCUCCCUGUACGAAUCCAUGUGUCCUCUCCAUGGAGCCACCUUUUCCUUGCCACUUGGAGCUAGAGAUGGGCAGUUGGUCAUGACAAGCAAAGUGUCUGCCAGUGUGUCCAAAAGGCCACAGGAGGGCUUGCUGGCUACAGAGGAAUGGCGGGUUCUUCACAGGCACCGGCUCUCUCUGUACCAUUAGGCAGUGCCUCCCCAAGCCGUCUAUGAAAGGAGCCUCUGGUGAAGGGGUCCCACCAGGUCCCCAGGACGUUAAGUCACCUGAGAGUCCCAUGCCGCCUGCUCCUCUGUCCCAAGGAUGCACCCGGAACCUUGGACUUGUUUGCUCAGGGACAGCCAGGUUGGGCCAGCUUGGAAGUGAGAUUUCAGAGCUGCGUUUUGGCCUCCACUGUGGCGGGGAGAGAUUGGAGCUGUGGCACGGCCUAGCAGAGUGAGUGUCCAGGCCGGGUUUAGAGGAUAGGGCUGUCCCUCUUGACUGGGCCAAAUGUAGACGUUUGGGGACUUCUCACUUCAGAAAUGAGCUGCUGUCCCUGUGAAGAUUUUAAAGUAUCUGGAGCCAAUGCAAUGAAAGGCCUUUCGUAACACAGACUGUUAAUGUGACUUUUGUAAUCCUUUCCUCCAAAGAAUUUGAAGUAUCAUUGAAAUAGGUCAUUUUACACAAAUAAUAUUAGGGACUCUCAGGGUUGGAAAAUAAUCCAGUGGUCACUUUGUCCUCCCCGGCCCCCAGCAUGCCCCAGGCCAUUUGGGGCUGAGUGCUCUCCCCAACACCUUCAAGUCCUCACAUAUCCCUGCUUGCAUAUUUCCAGUAACAGGAAGCUCGUCAUGCCCAGGGCAGUCCCUGCCAUGGUUGAGCCAGCGCUGUUAAAAAGCCCUUCCUUACAUCAAACCGAAAUCUGUCCUUCCACUUCCGUUUUCCAGUAUUGGUUCUAGACCUUCCUUCUCUCCCAAAUGUGUACUUUCUCUUUCAAAACAGUCACUCUUAUUAAGAAGCCAGACCUGUCUCCUAUCAUUACUUCACAUUAGGACUCCCCCCUGGGAUUUGUCUUCAGAACCAAGGUCAGCCCCCGGCCAUCCCUUGUCAGGCCGCCCCAUUUCAUGAUGGUUUUGUUUGUGAUCCCCAUUCCACCCACCUUCUCACCAGCCAUGGCUCCACAUAGCUUUUGACCACUUCCUGUUGGAGGAUGAAGAUGCCUUCCCAAGAAAGUGUUGCCAGAGGAAGGAGACCAGGGGCUCGCUGGGCAGUGUGCAGCAAGGAGCCCAGGAGUGGGCUGAACCAUACCCCUGCUCUAAGAGGAAGUGUCCAGCCCCUAUGACACUACUCUGAGAGAAGUGGCCUUCCCCUGGGGUACUGUUCCUCUCAUAACCAGCCCUGGGACCCCCUUGGGGGAAGGUCCUGGGCAAGACACACCAAGCCAGCACUCCGCAGGAGGUGAUGAACAGUGCAGGCCUCAAAACUGCCCAUUAUGAUUCAUCCCUGGAGUAUGGCCUUGGAAGUCCCACAGUCUUCCCCAUUGGGCAGGGGCCUUCAGACAAAACUAGGGGAGCCUAGUGACACAGUCCCUCCCAGGAGAUGGGCUGAGGACGGGGCUUCCCAUAGUUACACCCUGGGAGUAGGAAGAUGGUAUGCUGGGCUGCCUCUGUUACGAAAUAAAGGCCUUUUCCACCUAGAGUGGGACUCUGGAGUCUCUGACAGCUGUCCCAGGCCACCAGGCCAAUGGUACUCAAAAAGGUCACUCAGGAGAACCCGGAUCAGAACAGGCAGCAGAAGCUGUGAUCACAACAAAACAAUUUAAGGAAGAAAUCUCAUAAAUCACCGCUUGCCCCUUCUUCCUCCAUAAAAUGUCUCUCUCUCCAUCUUUUCGGUGCUUCUUAAUUCAUACAGCUCAAUGUUAGAGAAAGUAAACGACCUGUAAAGCCACUAAUGUGCUGUGUGACUGUGCAAGUCACUCACCUCACUGAGCCACCUCCAUUUCUUUGUCUGUGAAAUGGGCAUAACAAUAAUACAUAACCCUACCUACCUCACAGGGCUGUUGUGAGGAUCAAACGAAAUAAUAUAUGUGAGACUACAGUAUACAUGAUAAAUGACGUUGCUCUUUUGUGUCUGCUUAUAAAGAAAAGGAAAAAAAAAAAAACCCUGGCCUUGGCUGAC